AGCUCUUAAAGCGCAGCGCAAACUAAACUAAUAAGUAGCGUUGUUGUGCGUGUAUUAUUAGUACUAGGAAAUGAAAUAUUCAGCUCUGUAGUAUAUAGCAUGAAAAAAUGAAAUCGAAGUAUGAACAAGAGCGUCUGCUAAAUGUUGAAAUGUAAUCUAAACUAUGCAAUGGGUAGCCUAUGCAUAGACGUAACGGUCAACUGCUUGUAUAUUUACAUUGGUAGAUAUUAAUCGGUUUCUCUCUCAGGAAGAAGAGGAAAAGCCGUCGUCCGGAGGUCCUGAACACCUAGUAAUGGGAGAUCGCACCACAUGGAUCACAAACGACUCCAUCAUUAGACCAGUGGGGUUUUACAUCGUCGGAUUAACCAAUUUAAAGUUUGCUUAUUUAUAUUUUAUCUUCCUUGCAGUCGUAUAUAUUGUAACGGUUUUGUCCAACUCCAUUAUCAUUUCCAUUAUAUUUAUAGAUUAUCGCCUGCACACUCCAAAGUACAUUGCGGUGGCUAACCUGGCGAUCGUCGACUUGGUGCUGAGUACAAGCAUUAUUCCUAGUAUGUUCAAGAUGUUUCUUGCGAAAGAUAACUUUAUGUCCUAUAGUGUAUGCUUUACACAGAUGUUUUUUUAUUUCUGCUUUUUCUCAUUAGAGUCAUUUUCCCUCAGUGUACUUGCCUAUGACAGGUUCAUUGCGAUUUGUUUCCCACUGAGACAGAGCUCUAUCAACACAAACACCGUCAUGACCACUAUUUUAGUCACGGUUUGGUCAUUUUGCAUAAGUGUUAAUCUGUUCUCAGUCACAAUCCAAACCAGGCUGUCUUUCUGUAAUUCGGUCCAUGUACAGAGCUACUUCUGUGACUACGCCCCUGUGUUCGAACUAUCUUGCAAUGAUAAUAGCUUGCAGUGGGCCACUGCCUCUUCUCUGAGUUCACUUUUUCUGUUUGGACCCCUUAGUUUAAUCGUUGUGUCAUACACCUGUAUUUUGACAGCGGUGUUUAGAAUGAAAAGCGUGGAGAGCCGGUACAAAGCACUCGCAACCUGCACAGAACAUCUCGUUCUAGUGGCGAUUUUCUAUGUGCCGAUCAUGACAUUGUUUAACAUUAAACUUUUCUUUGCAGUUUUCCAAAUCGAUUCGGGUGUCGCUGUGAUGAGCUUAUCAUUAGCCUCAUGCAUCCCUCCCUGUCUGAACCCCAUUGUGUAUUCCCUGACAACCAAAGAAAUCAAGAACAGAAUACUGGCUAUGCUCCAAAAAGUAAAGGUAGCAUCGUGGGCAGGGCAGACGUAGACCCAAAGGCUGCAGUAAAAUUACAUUUUUCAAAUGAAUAAUAUACCUUUAUCUUUAGGCCUUGGUGCUUGGCCACAAUUGCGCAUGUCGAUGUGAUGUCAAUGUAGUUCAAUUGUAUCUUCUUGGAAACAGAUUAUCUCCCCCACCACCACCAUAACCACCACAACAACCACAAGCAGAUACACAUUAAUCCUGUUUGAAAGCUCAAGUGAUGCAUUGGCAGCAGCUGUACCUUAAUGUCUAUUUGUGUCAAUUUAUCUUAUGUUUUCUGUGGUGUUCUUGAGUAAUACUAUAAUGUACCAUCAUCAUUGAGACAUUGUUCUGAACUCACCUACCUGGUUAAAUAAAGGAAAUUCCUAGAUGGUUCUGAAAGGAAUUAUUGGGGGGGGGGGAUUUUAGUUUAAACGUCUGUUUUUGGUCCAUGCAGGUUUAAUGUGCAACGAAGAUCGUCUUAGAUAUCUAAAUAUGUCCCUCUGGUGGCCUGCUUAAUUUGUCCAUAUCUACAGCCUUUGGAAACAUUUAAAACAGGUCAUCAGAAGGUCAUGUAAAUUAUUUUCAUUGCACAAAGAAUAAAUUCUGGGACAACAGAACAUGUACAAAAAUAAAGUUUCAAAAAUUUGGCUGUCAGCACUUACUGACUG